ACAAACGUUGCCAAAUUGCAAUUCAACAUCAUUACCUCCACAAUUAUAUCAACAGUAGACAAUAGUCUCGGAAAUCUAGGUGCCAGCAUUGGCACAAUCAUCACUCCCCGAUCAAACACCGAAUUAGUAGCCAGAGCUUCCGGAGAAGUUCUCAAUGAUUACGAAAGCAUCCCCAUCGGCGGUAUCUCUCAACUUACCAGCAGCGUCCCACUAACCUUCUACAACCCACUCACCUAUGGUGGUACCUGGCGCCCCAUUAUGAAAACCGACGCUGCAGCCCUCCUGCAACAAAUCUAUGGUCAGCAAGCUGCCCUCGGUUUCAACGGCUCCACUAUCACAUCCGUUUAUCUCGCUUCUCCUGUUGCUUCUUUCAAAGCCAAUUAUGCAAGUUUUGCAUGCUACGUUAGUAUCACGACGACUGUGAGUCCAGGGUUGCGUGUACGGUACAGGUUAUGGCAUUCAAGACGGAUGGGUCGACGUAUGAGGAUGUGGCGGGGUGUGGCGGGGUGUGGAUGUGAUGGGUUGGGACUUGGUUCGUCUCUGGGUAGACUACUGGGAGGAUUGAUUCGAACGGUGGGAUCGAUUGGGUUAAUUGUUGAUAAUUUCGAUGCGAAUUAUAAUUGUGUCGCUAGAAAGACAAAUUCUGUGGUUGCGCCGGAACUUUGUGGAUGA